GAGGCGAGACUCAGACCUGUCUGUCGCUCUCGGGCCUGUGGACCAGCAUCGCUCUCUCUCUCUCUCUCUCUCUCUCUCUCUCUCUCUCUCCAUGCAGCAGUGUGUCGGACUGAACUACACUCUCCAUGACUGAGACAUGCUCGCCUUCGCUUUAGUCGCUGGAUCUGUGUGGGUUGUUCUAGAGCUCAGCUCCACUCUGAUGGAGAAGAUGCAGUCUCGGGAUCUUCUGCUGGGUCUUCAUCUGCCGGAGCUGGAGGAUCUGGGGGAGUUUAUCCGUUCUCUGCCCACCUCGACUCUGCUGGGUCUGGGGGCGCUCACUGCGGUUCUGGCCUACUGGAUCUCCCAUCGCCCGCGAGCCAUCGUCCCACCCUGCGACCUGCGGCACCAGUCCAGAGAAGAGCAGAUGGGAGACGGCGCUCGACGGUCCAUGAUGGGCAGCGGCUCCGAGCUUCUCUCGUACUACCAUGAGGACGCCAAGACCCUGUACGAGGUGUUCCAGCGAGGCCUGCACAUCACGGGUGAUGGACCGUUUUUAGGCUCCAGACUCCCCAAUCAACCCUACAAAUGGCUGUCCUAUAAAGAAGUGUUCCGCAGGGCAGAAGACUUGGGCUCGGGUCUGUUGUCUCAGGGAUGUCAGCCCAAUACGGCUCAGUUCAUCGGGGUAUUCGCACAGAACAGGCCUGAGUGGAUCAUCUCCGAGCUGGCGUGCUACUCGUACUCUAUGGUGGUGGUGCCGCUUUACGACACUCUCGGACCUGACGCCAUCCGCUACAUCAUCAACACGGCUGAAAUCGCCACAGUCAUCUGUGAUAAACCAGAGAAAGCCACAGUGCUUCUGGGAAAUGUCCAGAGAAGAGAGACGCCUGGUCUGAAGAUGAUCAUCCUCAUGGAUGCGUUUGAAGCUCAGCUGGUGGAAGAAGGACAGAAGUGUGGCAUUCACAUCCAGGCGCUGAAAGAUGUGGAGGCUCUGGGUCGAGAUCACUGCAGGAAACCAGUGCCGCCGGCACCAGAUGACCUGUCCAUCGUCUGCUUCACCAGUGGAACCACAGGAGAUCCGAAGGGAGUGAUGCUGACCCACGGCAACGUUGUGGCAGACUUUGCCGGCUUUCUGAAAGUGACCGAUAAAGUCAUCUUUCCGAAUCAAGACGACGUUCUCAUUUCCUUCCUGCCUCUUGCUCACAUGUUCGAGAGAUUGAUUGAGUCCGUGGUGAUCUGCCAUGGCGGGAGGAUUGGCUUUUUCCAAGGCGACAUCCGUCUCCUUCCUGACGACAUGAAGGCUCUCAGACCCACGAUAUUUCCCGUGGUGCCGCGUCUCCUGAACCGCAUGUACGACAAGAUCUUCAGUCAGGCCAACAACUCUGUCAAGCGCUGGCUGCUGAACUUCGCGGCCAAGAGAAAAGGUUCGGAGGUGAGCCGUGGCAUCAUCCGCUGCGACAGUAUCUGGGACAAGAUCUUCUUCCACAAGAUCCAGGCCAGUCUGGGCGGCAGGCUGAGAAUGAUCAUCACUGGAGCGGCUCCGGCGUCCCCGUCCGUCCUGGGCUUCCUAAGAGCAGUGUUGGGCUGUCAGGUGUACGAGGCAUACGGACAGACGGAGUGCACCGCUGGAUGCACCUUCACCACGCCUGGAGACUGGACGUCCGGUCAUGUAGGAGCUCCGCUGCCCUGUAACCUCAUUAAACUGGUGGAUGUGGCUGAGAAGAACUACUUCGCUGCUAAAGGAGAGGGCGAGGUUUGUGUGAAAGGUCCAAAUGUCUUCAAGGGUUAUCUGAAGGAUCCGGUGAGGACGGCGGAGACGCUGGACGCGGACGGAUGGCUUCACACCGGAGACAUCGGGAAAUGGCUGCCGAACGGCACCCUGAAGAUCAUCGACAGGAAGAAGCACAUCUUCAAGUUGGCGCAAGGAGAAUAUAUUUCCCCAGAGAAGAUAGAGAACAUCUACAUCCGCAGCGAACCCGUGUCUCAGCUCUACGUGCACGGAGACAGCCUGCAGUCGUGUCUGGUGGGAAUCAUCGUCCCGGAUCCCGAGGUCUUUCCCUCGUGGGCUCAGAAGAAAGGCUUUGAAGGAUGCUUCGACGAGCUGUGUGAAAAUAGAGACCUGAAGAAAGCCAUCCUGGAUGACCUGGUGCGUUUGGGAAAAGCUAGUGGCCUCCAUUCAUUCGAACAGGUUAAAGACAUCCACAUUCACAAAGAAAUGUUCUCCAUACAAAACGGAUUGCUGACCCCCACUUUAAAAGCCAAGAGACCCGAGUUGAAGGAGUAUUUCAAGAUGGAAAUCAAACAACUGUACAGCAACAUCUCCAUGUAAUAGCUCCGUCACCCAAAGAUGAGGACGUUUUAUGGACAUUGGCAUUCCUUCACUAUUUGUUCUUCCUCGCUCAAAACUAGCAGCACUAAAUGCUCCGAAUGAGCCAUGGGCGUCAAGACCACGCAUGAGCUUCCUCGCAUUAAACGAGCGAUUCCCCUUGGGCCGUUGGUGGCCAUCUGCGUCCAGACGGACUCGUCCUCGGAGAGCAGAAGCAGAUCCAGCUAGCAUGCGUGCUCGACUCCGAGGAGAGACACUAGCCCAAAGUUCACCUCCAUUCAUGUUUCGUUUGUGGGUCCAAAGGGAACUCCAGUGGCACAUUCCCAGCUAAAGCCAUGCAUGUGUGUCCGGCGUUCCAUGACUGACAUUCCCAGGUCCGUCGCGGCAUCAGAAGACAUUUACGUGACCUCGCCGGAUGACCUCGCUCGUCUGUAGGAGAGAGAGAGAGCAAGCCAUGCAAUACCGCCCACCCGACGGACCGACUCGCUUUCAGUUCUUUUCCAUCCCAAAGUAUUUCAGUAGUAGCGUACAUUUUGAAGAAAACUAGAUGUGAAACUAUUUAAGCAAUGGUUUGAAGUGUAGAGAAACCAAUAAGAUUUGAAUCUGCUCUUGAAUGAUAUCAGAACUUUAUCUUUGUAUUUCACAGGGGACUGGAAUGGGGAUGGGGUGAAAAUAUGAAUCUGCAGAGAUAUUCAUUUAUUCUGGUUACUUGAACUUGGGUUUAUGGCAUUUAAACACAAUUUCACAUUCCACCUUUCAGUCUGGCCUAUAUUGUGUGUUUGUUAGAAUGUUAUUAGCUAAUUUAAUGAUCAGGGUUAUUCCGUUAUUCAUGUAUUUAUCACUAUCAGAGGUUAUUCUCAAGGGUUCUGCAUUUCUUACAAAAGUCCGCUUUCCUGCAGAUGUCAGAGGUCAGACUGACAAACCAGUGUCUGUCUAAAGCAUUCAAAGUCUUUCAGUCAAACAGCUCUUAGACAUUUAACAGUCUGAACAUGUGAGCCUUACUCGUUUUAUAUUAUGUUCAAAUCUGGAGAAUGGAAGACUUCUUUUCUUUUGUUCAUUGAAACGGUUCACCUGCAUUUUCCCCAUAAUAAAGUCUUUUAUGCGCAUGUACAUCUCUGCAUAUACACAAACAUAGUGAUGAUGAGUGUGUGCAAAAAAUGUAAAAAAUAAAGAUGAAUUCUUUUAAUUCUA